AUGACCCAUUCACUUUCACACUCUCUCCACCUACCAAACCCCUCCCCUUUCAUCCCCACACUCCUCGACCCAAACACCACCUUCCGGCAACUCUGUUUCCCAUCCACCGUAACUAAAACCCACCGGAAACUCCAAUUCAAAGCCCACGCAAAGCCCAGAGAACUCAUCCUCGGAAACCCAUCGGUAACCGUAGAAACCGGAAAAUACAGCUACAUCGUCGAAGCCCUAAUCAACCGACUCAGUAGCUUGCCUCCACGUGGCAGCAUGGCUCGUUGCCUUGAAUCGUUCACGAACAAGCUUACGCUUAAUGAUUUCGCUCUUGUGUUCAAGGAAUUCGCUCAGCGUGGAGAUUGGCAGCGCUCGCUUCGUUUGUUUAAAUACAUGCAGAGACAGAUUUGGUGUAAACCGAAUGAGCAUAUUUGCACGAUUAUAAUCACUCUUUUGGGUAGGGAAAGUUUGUUAGAUAAGUGUCGCGAGGUGUUUGAUGAAAUGCCUAACCAAGGAGUUCCUCGAAGUGUGUUUGCUUAUACUGCGGUUAUUAAUGCUUAUGGUCGUAAUGGUCAGUUUCAGACUGCACUUGAGUUGCUUGAUAAGAUGAAACAAGAGAGGGUUUCUCCUAGUAUAUUGACUUAUAAUACUGUUAUUAAUGCUUGUGCUAGGGGUGGGUUGGAUUGGGAGGGUUUGUUAGGGUUGUUUGCUGAAAUGAGACAUGAAGGGAUACAACCUGAUAUUGUAACUUAUAAUACAUUGCUCAGUGCUUGUGCUCACAGGGGGUUAGGUGAUGAAGCUGAAAUGGUGUUUAGGACUAUGAAUGACGGUGGGGUUGUUCCGGAUAUUAAUACUUAUAGUUAUCUUGUUCAUACAUUUGGUAAGCUGAAUAAACUUGAGAAGGUUUCGGAGCUUCUUAGGGUAAUGGAGUCUGGUGGUAGUUUGCCGGAUGUUAGCUCUUAUAAUGUUCUGUUGGAGGCCUAUGCAGAGCUGGGGUCCAUCAAAGAAUCGAUUGGGGUGUUUAGGCAGAUGCAGGAGGCGGGGUGUGUGCCGAAUGCGGCCACUUAUAGUAUUUUGUUGAAUUUGUAUGGAAAGCAUGGGAGGUAUGAUGAUGUUCGCGAUCUUUUUCUUGAAAUGAAAGUGAGCAACACUGACCCUGAUGCGGGUACUUAUAAUGUUGUCAUACAGGUCUUUGGGGAGGGUGGGUACUUUAAGGAAGUUGUCACUUUGUUUCAUGACAUGGUGGAUGAAAAUAUUGAGCCAAACAUGGAGACUUACGAAGGUUUGAUAUUUGCUUGUGGCAAAGGAGGGCUUUAUGAAGAUGCUAAGAAAAUUUUACUUCAUAUGAAUGAAAAGGGAGUAGUUCCGAGUUCCAAGGCUUAUACUGGGGUGAUUGAAGCAUAUGGGCAGGCAGCUUUGUAUGAAGAAGCACUGGUUGCAUUUAACACAAUGAAUGAAAUUGGAAGCAACCCAACUAUUGAGACCUACAAUUCACUUGUUCGUUCAUUUGCAAGGGGGGGACUGUACAAAGAGGUAGAAGCAAUUUUAUUCAGGAUGGGUGAGUCUGGUUUAUCGCGAGAUGUGCAUUCAUUCAAUGGUGUGAUAGAAGCUUUAAGGCAAGCAGGUCAAUAUAAAGAGGCUGUAAAAGCUCACAUUGAGAUGGAAAACGCAAACUGUGAUCCUAAUGAGUUGACCCUUGAAGCACUGUUAUGGAUAUACUGCUCUGCUGGUCUUGUUGACGAGAGCCAGGAGCAGUUUCAAGAAAUUAAAGCUUCAGGAAUACUUCCCAGUGUUAUGUGCUACUGCAUGAUGCUAGCUCUUUACGCAAAGAAUGAUAGGUCAGAUGAUGCCAAUAAUCUAAUCAAUGAGAUGGUCACAACAAGUGUGUCGGAUAUUCAUCAAGUGAUUGGACAAAUGAUCAAUGGAGAUUUUGAUGACGAGUCUAAUUGGCAGAUUGUGGAGUACAUCUUUGAUAAACUCAAUUUUAAAGGAUGUGGAAUUGGAAUUGUGUUCUACAAUGCACUAUUAGAAGCUCUUUGGUGGAUGCACCAAAGAGAAAGGGCUGCCAGAGUGCUCAAUGAAGCAUCAAAGCGAGGGCUUUUCCCUGAACUUUUUCGUAAAAAUAAACUCGUGUGGUCUGUGGAUGUACACAGGAUGUCUGAAGGUGGUGCAUUAACAGCAUUGUCAAUUUGGUUGAACGAUAUGCAGGAGACGUUCAUGACUGGCAAGGAUCUUCCUGAACUUGCAGCCGUUGUUGUGGCUCGGGGUAAAAUGGAGGAAAGUACAGAUGCCCAAGAUUUUCCCAUCGCAAAGGCUGCAUUUUCAUUCCUGCAGGAUAAUGUCUCAUCCUCUUUUACAUACCCCGCAUGGAACAAAGGUCGCAUUGUUUGUCAGCAGUCACAACUCAAGCGAAUUCUAUCGGGCACGGGAUCAUCUUCAAGUAGAAAAGAAGUGGACAAAUUAGUAUCUUUAAGUAAUAGUUCAUUGACUACUGCAGGAGCUAUAACAUCCAAAUCUGAUGUUCAAAGUGGUAGAGCUAAUGAUGUUGAUUCUAGAACCAAUAGUGCUAGAACAAAGCUUCUAAUUAGUGCAGUUUAG